AUGAACGGAGCGGCGGUGCCCGGUAGCCCGGAGCUCUCAUCCUCGUGCCCGCUGCCUGACUGGCGAGAGUUCUGCGAACUCCACGCUCGAGCCUCGGCCGUAGACUUCGCUGAUAAGUUCCAGCGCUUCCUAUCAGAAAAUCCGUGCUACGACUCGCCCGGCGCCGACGCCAGCUUCUCUCAACACUUUGCCCAGCAUUUUCUGGAGUGCUUCUCGGUGGCUCUGAGCCAGGCUAGGGAGAACCAGUCGUGCUCGCCGGGGGAGGACGGCUUCAACGUUGCGCCCAAGUACAGCAUCGUUCCAUUUCUGGGCAUACAGGGCUGCCCCUUGUCCUACAGCCACGAGCUCUACCAGAGACGCAAGGACGCCGGGGCUUCCAGCGAAUCCCUGGAUAGCAUGGACAGUGGAGGAGGUGGGAUUGAAGGCGGAGGAAGCGGAGGCAUGGCUGGUGCCCGCGGCCCUCAACCCACCCACAAAGUGCCCGCCCUGGGUCAGUCCCGCAGUUCCGAGGAUGUGUCGGUGAGCCAUCCCAAAGCUCGCUUCAAGAAAGGCUUUUCACUGAGGAACAUGAGCCUGUGCGUAGUGGAUGGGGUGAAGGAGAUGUGGCAUCGCCGCGCUUCUCCUGAACCUGACGGUCCCUCCGCGGUCAGGAGGCCGAACGGAACUGCCGGAGGUGAGACCACGACAACCGCGGGGGGGGAAAAGUGGUCCCAAAAACUGAGACUGUCCAGAAGCUCCCAGGGCCACAAGGCCGAGAUGCUGGAGAUCCAGAGGGAAGGAGCGCUUCGGUACAUGGUGGCCGAUGACACCAACUGCAUGGGUGCUGCGCAGUGGCAGAAGUGCCGCCUGCUCCUGAGGAAGAGCAAGAGGGACGAAGGGGCCGAGAAGUUCCUACUGGAGUUCUACGUGCCGCCAAAGUCUUCAAAAGCAAAGGUGAGCAUCCCUUUGACAGCUAUUGUAGAGGUGAGGACGACAAUGCCCUUGGAGAUGCCUGACAAAGAUAAUACAUUUGUCCUAAAGGUGGAGAACGGGGGCGAAUACAUCCUGGAAACCAUCGACUCACUGCAGAAAAACUCUUGGGUCGCAGACAUCCAGGACUGCAUAGACCCUGGGGACAGCGGCGACGACAUCGAGCUGGCGUCGUGUCCGCACGGUCAGGCCUCAUCCAAAGACUGCUCCAUGGUGGCCUCGUGCAGCUGCGAGCUGCUUUCCGAGGGUGUGUACCGAGCUCCCGAGAGGUUAUGUGUGGCAGCAGAGCAUUACAGUGCCCCCUCAGUGCGUUGCAGGGAACCCCCUUUCACCCAGCAUCCAUCCCAUAUGCCUUUGGAGCGCUUCCUCCAGUCCCCAGAGGCCCAGAGCGCCAACAAUGCUGCAGGCGAGGGAUCGAAGGAGCCAGAGGUUGACGCUAGCCUCACAGGUUACCCAUGGUUUCACGGGACACUGUCGCGUGUCCGUGCGGCACAGCUGGUGCUGGCGGGCGGGGCGAGGAGUCACGGGCUCUUCGUGAUACGGCAAAGUGAGACGCGGCCCGGCGAGUACGUCCUAACCUUCAACUUCCAGGGCAAAGCCAAGCAUUUGCGUUUGUCGGUCAACGACAAUGGGCAGUGCCACGUCCACCAUUUGUGGUUCCACACCGUGUCGGACAUGCUGCGACACUUCCAUGCUCAUCCCAUCCCGCUGGAGUCCGGGGGCUCGGCGGACAUCACGCUUCGGUCCUAUGUUCAAGUACAGAGAAGUGCCAAUGCAGAAGUGAGCGUGCCUCCACUCGUCACCCCGCCCAGGGCAGAUGCAAGCUGCCGGCCAGACUCCGCCCAGUCGGCCCCGCACCCUACCGGGAUCUCGCCCUCCUCCGUGCCCCCUGCAGACACCACGCUCUCCUCCAGCACCUCAUCCUCACCCACGGCUCUCCCUUCCCUUUCCCGCAGCGACCCGGGCACAGGCGGGGGCUUACAAAGCCGCAGCACCAGCUCGGAGCGGCUACUGGAGGCCUCCAGCAGCGCGUCAGAGGACUACCACGACGCCGACGGGAACCGGCGGGCUCGAGCCGUGGAGAACCAAUACUCUUUCUAUUGA